AGUCCAUUCACAUCGCUGCGAAUGUGUUUGAGCUGCCUGCACCCACAUAACUCCGCUGUACUUCCUCUCGGGUCGUUCAACAGACAUCGGUUUCUUUAGAGUGUUUUCUCCCCCGUGUACUCCACAAAACAAGGCGCCGUGUCGUUCUCUGCAGUCGCCACAGUUUAAGUAGGCUAAGUAUUUGCAUUACGAACACUUCCUGGUUUGGUUACUAUUAAAGUGCCCGGCUAACCUGACGAGACACACUUCAACAAUUCUGCCGCUCCUGCAACCUCUAUGGACGUCUGUGAAACUGCUGCUUGCUUUUGAUUUUCAUUUUCCACUUCAGUAUAGAAAUAUUGACACUUUUUGACUUAGCCGUACUUUGCACUCUGGCUCACAAGCAACACCCUGCACAAAGCGCGGCUGUAUGAAAAGCACACACCCAAGUGUGCCAGGAAGAACUCAACUCUGAAGCCAUAGUGUACUUCUCAAGAAGUUGCUACAGUAUGUAGGGGGAAGACGGCGCUGAACCCACCGAAGAGCCUGUAAUAGUCUUCGCGUUCUCUUUUUUUCUAUUUGAAGACACCGAAAAUGUCGGAUUCGAUGUCUAGUUUUUUGCACAUCGGGGAUAUUGUGUCCCUAUAUGCAGAAGGCACUGUCAAUGGAUUUAUUAGCACGCUGGGGUUGGUGGAUGACCGUUGUGUGGUGGAACCAGCAGCAGGAGACCUGGAUAACCCCCCCAAAAAGUUUAGAGACUGCCUGUUCAAGGUUUACCCCAUGAACCGCUACUCCGCGCAGAAGCAGUUCUGGAAGGCCAAGCAGGCGAAGCAUGAGAAGGACAAGAUCGCGGACGUGGUCCUGCUGCAGAAACUGCAGCAUGCGGCUAACCUGGAGCAGAAACAGAACGAGACGGAGAAUAAGAAGGUGCACGGGGACGUGGUGAAGUACGGCACCGUCAUCCAGCUCCUGCACAUGAAGAGUAAUAAGUACCUGACAGUGAACAAGCGGCUGCCGGCGCUGCUGGAGAAGAACGCCAUGCGGGUGACGCUGGACGGGACGGGGAACGAGGGCUCCUGGCUCUUCAUCCAGCCCUUCUGGAAGCUACGCGCCAACGGGGACAAUGUGGUGGUGGGGGAUAAAGUUAUUUUGAACCCAGUGAAUGCAGGCCAGCCCCUCCAUGCCAGCAACUAUGAACUGUCUGACCACCCUGGCUGCAAGGAGGUGAACUCUGUGAAUGGCAACACCAGCUGGAAGAUCAACCUCUUCAUGAUGUUCAGUGACCACAGAGAUGAAGUGUUGAAAGGGGGGGAUGUGGUCAGACUGUUCCAUGCUGAGCAGGAGAAGUUUCUGACGUGCGACGAGUACAAGGCCAAGCUGCACGUCUUUCUCCGGACCACCCUGCGCCAGUCUGCCACUUCAGCCACCAGCUCCAAUGCAUUGUGGGAAGUGGAGGUGGUGCAUCACGACCCCUGUCGAGGAGGAGCAGGGCACUGGAACAGCCUGUACCGCUUCAAACACCUGGCAACUGGCCACUACCUGGCCGCUGAGGAAAACCCUAGCUACAAAGGGGACAGCAUUGAAAUGCCAACUGUUGUGGAUAAUGGGCGGAACAACAAGUGGAAUCUUGGUGAGCGGGUGAAGUACAAGCUGGCGGCCGUACCUCACGGAAAUGACAUCGCCUCCCUGUUUGAGCUCGACCCCACCACCCUGCAGAAGACUGACUCUUUCGUUCCCAGAAACUCAUAUGUACGCCUCCGCCACUUGUGCACCAACACAUGGAUCCAGGGCACCAACGUGCCCAUUGAUAUUGAUGAGGAGAGGCCCAUUAGGCUAAUGCUGGGCACCUGCCCUACCAAAGAGGACAAGGAGGCGUUCGCCAUCGUGUCCGUGCCAGUGAUGGAGAUCCGGGACCUGGACUUUGCCAACGACGCCAGCGCCAUGCUGAGCACCGUGGUGGACAGGUUCAACGAAGGCUUCAUCAGCCAGAACGACAGGAGGUUCGCCAUCAAGCUGCUGGAGGAUCUGGUGUUCUUUGUGGCAGACACGGCCAACACGGGGCAGCCUGUGCUGGAGGUGAUGAUGACCAAGCCCAACAGGGAGCGACAGAAACUGAUGCGGGAGCAGAACAUUCUCAAACAGGUUUUCGGGAUCCUGAAGGCCCCGUUUAAGGAGAAGGGGAGCGAGGGGCCGCUGCUUCGGCUGGAGGAGCUGAGCGACCAGAAGAACGCCCCGUACCAGUACAUGUUCCGCCUGUCCUACCGCGUCCUGCGCCACUCUCAGGAGGAUUACCGUAAGAACCAGGAGCACAUAGCCAAGCAGUUUGGGCUGAUGCAGUCUCAGAUCGGCUACGACAUCCUGGCGGAGGACACCAUCACUGCCCUCCUCCACAACAACCGCAAGCUCCUGGAGAAGCACAUCACCAAGAAGGAAGUGGAGACCUUCGUCAGCCUGGUGCGCAGGAACCGCGAACCCAGGUUUCUGGAUUACCUGUCGGAUCUGUGUGUGUCGAAUAACGUGGCCAUUCCAGUGACCCAGGAGCUUAUCUGCAAGUGUGUGCUGGAGCCCAAGAAUCAGGACAUCCUCAUCAAGACAGAACGGCGAGUUCCCAAGGAUAUACCACACCCCUCGGGGUACCUGGAGGAGUACGCGGAGGAGGACGAAGUGUGGCUGGUCUGGACCGAUAAGACCAACGAGAAGCAGGAGAAGAGCAUCCGGCUGCUGGCUCAGGAGGCCCGGCAAGGCAAUGCCCACGACGAGAACGUGCUGACUUACUACAGGUACCAGCUGAAGUUGUUUGCUCGGAUGUCUCUGGACCGGCAGUACCUGGCUAUUGAUGAGAUCUCCAAGCAGCUGGACGUGGAGCUGAUCUUCCUGUGCAUGAUGGACGAGACGCUGCCCUACGACCUACGGGCCUCCUUCUGCCAUCUCAUGCUGCACACGCAUGUGGACCGUGACCCCCAGGAGCUGGUCACGCCCGUCAAAUUCGCCCGACUCUGGACCGAGAUCCCCACCUCCAUCUCCAUCAAAGACUAUGACUCCAACAUGGACGACUCUCGUGACAACAAAAAGAACAAGUUUGCCAACACCAUGGUCUUCAUGGAGGAAUACCUGAACAACGUGCUGAAUGAUGACCUGCCUUUCGCUAAUGAGGAGAAGAACAAGCUUACCUAUGAGGUGGUGAGCUUGGCCAGGCACCUCAUCUAUUUUGGAUUCUACAGCUUCUUUGAAUUGCUGCGGUUGACCCGCACCCUGCUGGGCAUCAUUGACUGCGUCCCCAGCCCCAUGCCAGGCAACCCGGUGUUCCAAGACGAAGGCAGCGGGAAGAACAUGAAGCGUUCCAUACACGGGGUGGGGCAGAUGAUGUCCACCAUGGUGCUGAGCCGGAAGCAGUCUCUGUUCAUGGGUGCGGGCCGCUCCGGCCUCAGCGUGGAGACGCCGGGACGUGGCAAGGACAGCAUCGACAACCAAGACGUCACCGUCAUGGACACCAAACUCAAGAUCCUGGAGAUACUGCAGUUCAUCCUCAACGUGCGCCUGGACUACCGGCUCUCCUUCCUGCUCUCCGUCUUCAAGAAGGAGUUUGUGGAGGUGUACCCCAUGGCGGACGCCGACGCUAGCAUGGCCUUGGAACAAGCAGCCACUCUGAACUUGCAGCGGAUUGGAGAACAGGCAGAGGCCAUGUUUGGAGUGGGGAAGGGUAACAGCAUUCUGGAAGUGGACGACGAGGGCGGACGCAUGUUCCUGCGCGUGCUGGUGCACCUCAUCAUGCACGACUACCCCCCGCUGAUCUCAGGGGCCCUUCACCUUCUCUUCAAACAUUUCAGCCAGAGACAGGAGGUCCUCCACACCUUCAAACAGGUUCAGCUGCUGAUCUCCGCUCAGGACGUGGACAAUUAUAAACUGAUCAAGAGUAACCUGGACCGUCUGCGCACUAUGGUGGAGAAGUCCGAACUGUGGGUGGAGAAGAAGGGAAUCUCCGGAGGAGGGGAAGGAAAGAAGGACAAAAAAGACAAGAAGGAGAAUGCGGAGGAGCCUCCCUUGGAAGAACUGACUCCCAAUAAAGAGAAGACGGAGAAGAACAAUGAAAACUACCAAAUAGUCAAAGAGAUCCUGGAGCGCUUGAAUAAGAUGUGCAGCUCGGGGGUGUGGAAGAAGCAGCAGAGGCUCCUGAAGAACAUGGGGGCGCACAAGGUGAUGCUGGACCUACUGCAGGUGUCCUACGACAAGAAUGAUGCAAAAAUGCAGGAGAUCAUAAAGUACACCCACCAUUUCCUGCAGAAGUUCUGCACAGGAAAUGCAGAGAACCAGGCCCUCCUCCACAAACACUUGAACCUCUUCCUGAACCCAGGGCUCCUGGAGGCGGAGACGGUGCAGCACGUUUUCAGCAACAACUACCAGCUGUGCACGGAGAUCAGCGAGGCUGUGCUGCAGCACUUCAUCCAUUGCUUGGCGACGCACGGCCGCCACGUUCAGUACCUCAACUUCCUGCACACCAUCAUCAAGGCAGAGGGGAAGUACGUCAAGAAGUGCCAGGACAUGAUCAUGACGGAGCUGACCAACGCUGGCGAGGACGUGGUGGUCUUCUACAACGACAAGACCUCCUUUGCCAAAAUGCUGGAGCUGAUGGCGGAGUCGCGGGAGGGGGUGCAGGAGCACAGCCCCCUGCGGUACCACAUCUCCCUGGUGGAGCUGCUGGCCGCCUGCGCAGAGGGGAAGAACGUCUACACCGAGAUCAAGUGCACCUCGCUGCUGCCCCUAGAGGACGUGGUGAGAGUCGUCACGCACGAGGACUGCAUCACUGAGGUGAAGAUCGCCUAUGUGAAUUUUGUGAACCACUGCUAUGUGGACACAGAGGUGGAGAUGAAAGAGAUCUAUACCAGCAAUCACAUCUGGAAGAUGUUUGAGAACUUCACUGUGGACAUGGCCAGGGUGUGUGCCAAGCGGGAGAAGCGCUUCUCAGACCCGGUACUGGAGAAAUACGUCAUUAAUGUGGUGUUAGAUACCAUCAGUGCCUUCUUCAGCUCUCCCUUCUCUGAAAACAGCACCUCUCUGCAGACUCACCACACCAUCCUGAUUCAGCUCCUGCAGUCCAGCUUGCGACUGCUGGACUGCCCCUGGGUCCAGCAGCAGCAGCGCACCCUGGUGGAGGCCUGCAUUCGAACCCUGGCCACUACAGCGAAGAGCCGGUCCCUCACGCUUCCCAUGGACCUGGACUCCCAGAUUAGCACCAUGCUGAGCUCCAGCGCGCUCAGCUCCCUGACCCGCACUAACCCCAACUACAAGAGCCUGACCCGCUCCAGCCGGCCCGCUGCCCCCAACAACCCCUGGGACUACAAGAACAUCAUCGAGAAGCUGCAGGAUAUCAUUAACACCUUGGAGGAUAGGCUGAAUCCGCUGGUUAAUGCUGAGCUGUCGGUGCUGGUGGAUGUGCUGCAUCGACCAGAGCUGCUGUUCCUGGAGGGAACCGAUGCUCGCUCACGCUGCGAAUCGGGCAGCUUCAUAUCCAAGCUGAUCCAGCACACCAAGGCCCUUAUGGUGUCCGAGGAGAAGCUCUGCAUCAAGGUUCUCCGCAUCCUGCAGGACAUGCUGAUCCGCACCUACAACUUUGACGAGAGGGGCUUUGCACUCAGGAAGGUUCUGGUGCAGAACUAUCUCUUCAGCAGCAACAACAACAAGAAAAACAGCAAUAAAGUGGACCUGGUGGAGCUGGGAAUGGGAGCCCUGGAGGGGGAUAAGGACUGGGGCGUUGUAGCAGCUGUGCAGCGUCGUCUGGACAGGGAGGGGGGCACACGGCUCUUCACUGACCUCAUCAUGAGCUCCAAAAAUGAAAAGAUCUUCCAGGAGAGCAUUCAGCUGGCCAUCUGUCUGCUGGAGGGCGGGAACACUGAUAUUCAGAACUCCUUCUACAAGCUGAUGAUGGGAGACAACAAGUCGGAGAAGUUCUUCAAGGUCCUCAACGACCGCAUGAAGAAUGCUCAGCAGGACGUCAAGGCCUCCGUGUCGGUCAACGUGGGAGAGAUGACCCACAAAGCUCAGGACGGCAAGGACCUGGAUGGCACUCCUCAGAUGGUGGUCCCCCUGCCUGAAUCGGCGCAGUACGGCCAGGCCCCAACCCCCGCCGUGGCGCCCCUCCCCGAGCAGCGGGAGGUGGAGCUGGAGAUGGGCCCCGCGGUCACCAUCAUGAAGCCCAUCCUGCGCUUCCUGCAGCUGCUCUGUGAGAACCACAACCAGGACCUGCAGAACUUCCUGCGCUGCCAGAACAACAAGACCAACUACAACCUGGUGUGCGAGACGCUGCAGUUCCUGGACAUCAUGUGCGGCAGCACCACGGGCGGGCUGGGCCUCCUGGGGCUCUACAUCAACGAGAGCAACGUGGACCUCAUCAUCCAGACCCUGGAGACGCUGACCGAGUACUGCCAGGGGCCCUGCCAGGAGAACCAGACGUGCAUCGUGACCCACGAGUGCAACGGCAUCGACAUCAUCACAGCCCUCAUCCUGAACGACAUCAGCCCUCUGUGUCGCUACCGCAUGGACAUGGUCCUGCAGCUGAAGGACAACGCCUCCAAACUGUUGCUGGCUCUGAUGGAGAGCAGACAUGACAGCGAGAACGCCGAGAGGAUUCUGUUUAACCUCCGACCCCGGGAACUGGUGGAGGUGAUUAAAAAGGCCUACCUGCAGGAAGUGGAGUGUGAGGAUGGGGAGGUGUCCCCUCGCGAGGUUGGCCACAAUAUCUACAUCCUGGGUCUUCAGUUGGCUCGGCACAACAAGACCCUGCUGCACCUGCUGAAGCCGCCGAAGAGACGCAAGGAGGAGGGAGAGGAGGGCAUCUCCUCCAUGCUGAACCUGAAUAACAGGCCACUGUCGCAGAUGCUGAAGUCCACAGGCACCGCCGAGACUUUGGAAGAAGACCCCCUGGAGUACUACGAAAAGCACACGGCCCAGAUCGAGAUCGUCCGGGACGACCGCAGCAUGGAGCAGAUAGUCUUCCCGGUGCACCCGAUCUGCGAGUACCUGACGAGGGAGUCCAAGGUGCGGGUCUUCAACACCACCGAGCAGGACGAGCAGGGCAGCAAGGUCACGCACUUCUUCCAGCAGACCUCCUUCCUGCACAACGAGAUGGAGUGGCAGAAGAAGCUCCGGAGCAUGCCUGUGCUGUACUGGUUCUCUGGCAGGAUGACGCUGUGGGGCAGCAUCUCCUUCAACCUGGCCGUCUUCAUCAACCUCAUCAUCGCCGUCUUCUACCCCUUUGACUCGGGGAAAGCAGGGCCCGUGGACUCCUCCGUGCUCUCCAUGCUGUUUUGGGGGUUUGCCGGCCUGUCCGUCAUGGGCCUGUUCUCCCAGCGCUACGGGCUGCGCCCCCUCACCAUCGCCCUCAUCCUGCGCUCCAUAUACUACUUCGGAAUCAGCCCCACUCUCGUCGGGCUGGGUGUCCUCAACCUCAUCAAUAAGAUAGUUUUUGUGGUGAGCUUCGUUGGAAACAAUGGCACGUUCAUCAUGGGCUACCGAGCCAUGGUGAUGGAUAUGGAGUUCGUUUACCACCUGGCCUACGUAUUGACCAGCGCCCUGGGACUGUGUGUGCAUGAGCUCUUCUACAGCAUCCUGCUGUUCGAUCUGAUCUACCGGGAGGAGACCCUGUUCAACGUGAUCAAGAGCGUGACGCGCAACGGUCGCUCCAUCCUGCUCACCGCCCUGCUGGCGCUCAUCCUGGUCUACCUCUUCUCCAUCGUGGGCUUCCUCUGCCUCAAGAACGACUUCAUCAUGGAGGUCGAUCGCCUGCCCAAACUCGGCGAAGACACUGGGCCAGAUGAGGUUUCCAGGGACGUCCUGAGCUCCUGCAGUGCGGAUGGGGUCAGCUGCAAUCUGGAGGAGAGGCUACAGGAGGAGGAAGAGGACAAUACGGAACGUACCUGUGACACCCUGCUGAUGUGCAUCGUCACGGUGAUGAACCAUGGGCUGCGGAAUGGGGGCGGGGUUGGCGAUGUUCUACGCAGACCCUCUAAAGACGAGUCGCUCUUCACGGCACGUGUGAUCUACGACCUGCUCUUCUACUUCAUUGUCAUCAUCAUUGUUCUCAACCUCAUCUUUGGGGUGAUCAUCGACACCUUUGCUGACCUGCGUAGUGAGAAGCAGAAGAAGGAGGAGAUCUUAAAGACAACCUGCUUCAUCUGUGGCCUGGAGCGGGACAAGUUUGACAAUAAGACGGUGUCCUUUGAGGAGCACAUAAAGGUGGAGCACAACAUCUGGAACUACCUGCAGUUCAUCGUGCUGGUGAGAGAGAAGAACAAGACGGACUACACCGGGCCCGAGAGCUACGUGGCCCUCAUGAUCAAGAGCAAGAACCUGGACUGGUUCCCGCGCAUGCAGGCCAUGUCGCUGGUGGUGACGGACAGCGACGGGGAGCAGAACGAGAUGAGGAACCUGCAGGACAGACUCAGCUCCACCAUGAAGCUGGUCGCUCACCUCACCUCUCAGCUGAGCGAACUGAAGGAGCAGAUGACAGAGCAGAGGAAGAGGCGGCAGAGGAUGGGCUUUGUGGAUGUGCAGGCGGGGUCCAACUCUGUGGCCCCUACAGGGGCCGGUGGGAGCAGUCACCAAAUCAUUAAAGCUUGAAAUCUGCAAUAUCACGAUGUUCUGGAAGAACAUGGAUCCUGCUGUUGCUCUGACACUGUUGCAACGUCACUGAAACACUGGUCAGACAUUACACAUUGGCUUUGAGCUUUGUCUCAGGAACCCCUAGUGGACAGCUCAGCGACUGGGGCUUUCCUGGUCUUUAACCCUUUAAGAUGGGAGAUCAUAAAUGUGUGAUUAGAAUGUUCUUAACUGAACAUUCUAAUUCUGAUGUAACAGUCACUACUGGUAACUGAAAGCAAUGGAGUUCUAGAACAUGGACAUGGAAUUUUGAAAAAGCAUUCCAUGAAGCCUGCUCUUCAGAGAGAUAAAUUGACUUGCUCAACCCCCUGUGGUGGUUUCUGACGAACAGGAAAUGCUCUGGACUUUGGUUCUCACAAAACAUUUGUGAGAACACAGAGACAGGACCACAACCACAUGUCACAGAACUGUGCGCACUUUUCCUAUAAUUGCUACCUGAUGCAGUUCCCAGUGCAGAAUGACUUAACACUGACCACUCCUUAUGGAAACUGAAGUACUAAAUGGUUAGCAAGGUUACAUACUGUAUGUUCAAGAUCUCUAUAUAUUUGUUUUGUUUUUUUGCUACUGAAUGUGACACCAUUCUGUGUUUGUAAAUGUGAGUUUUCCCAAUUUUCCAAUGGGAUUCGAUUCUUCUUAGGUUCAAAUGUAACACUGUUUUUCUUUCAAAGGAGAGGUUCACUAAUUUCAAGGCCCCCAAUGGUUUUUCAUAACUUGCUGUGGCUUGUAUACAGUUGCCAUCUUUGUGUUCUGUUGCCCAAGCAAUGAAAGUUGAGUUCAGUGGUGAAGCUUUAGUUAAGAGUCUUAUGGUGCGUUGCGGUGUUGAAUGUUUUUUAGUGUUCACUUUAAACGCACUUCCUGUGUUCAACACCCUGGCCUUAUGGGCCCGGCAUUCUGUUCUAUUCUCUUUUUAACAACUCUGUGUGUGUGUUUGUGUGUGUGUGUUUGAGAGAGAGAGUGAGAGUCAGAGAAGGAGAAACAUUUAUGUGGCCUUGCCAAUAAAAAUCUUGACAUUUGAGAAAAUUUGCCAUACUGCUUAUAGCUCAUUGGGAACAGUGGUGAGAACUGCCUCACCUAUGCUGUCUGUUCAUCUGGGGCUGCAUUCAUGAAACACAUCGUGUAUCGUGGUAUUCAGAGGUUUUGUUCAUGAACCAAGAAGUGAAUUGGCUAUUGGUAGCAAUCACUUAAAUUUCAUGAUCGCUAACCAGCUAACAAAAAGCAAUCUUUGUGGAUAAAAUCAGUUUUCUUGCUGCCAAGUCAGUUUGAAAGCUCAACAUCAGGCUUAGCUCAUAACGCUAUGUAGUUAUGUUUCUACGUUCAGGGUACAUCAACAGCAAGCAAGAUAACACGAGUUAACAUAUUGUUUAAAAAAGCAAUGUGCAUUUUAUCUCACUUCAAUGCUUUUUAGGGUUGAUUGAGUCAUGUUUCUAGGUCACGUUCCCUGCCUUCCCUUAAGAUAACUCAAGUUCUCCUUUAAGUAGGAGCAAAACAAGUAUAUCCACUGUCAGUUUUUUUUUUUUUUGUCUGGGCCCCUACAUCCAAUCAGAUUAUUCCAUUAUUGAGGACUUGACCUUAAACCCUUUACAGUGUGGGAAAUCACCUAACUAUUUAGGAAAGACAUUAUGGAGAAGGACAUUUUAACACUCUUAAAAUUUGGCAUUUCAGUCUGCCCUCAGCUCAUCGUUGUGAACUCACCUACCCACAAGUCUAAGUCCUGCCUUGAGUGACCUAACUACCAGUCUGUCUUCAUCUGUUGGCAUUCAGGGGGGUAUGUACAGCCCCUCAAAAGGCCUGGGCUAGAAUGUUUGCUUUGGGAAGGGGUACCCCAGAGACUGCAUAUGAACAGAGCCCAGAAUUAUGUGCGACACCCCUGAUCAUCCAAUCAUAGAUGGCUCGGGUCAUACAAGGCUGGGUCAAAACAGGUGGCCGGACACCUGUCUCCAAGGUGAGGGGAACUCCAAAUAAUAAACAGGAAAUCCACACCGGACCAGGGCGUCUCGAAUUCAUUAUUCUGUACUGACGUCCCUCUAAAAUGGAAGCACAAAGUAGACAGUAAGGUGUGCGUUUCCUAAACAAACACUGAGUGGCUUUGCGAUAUCUGUGUCAUGACCUUAUUUUAGCACUGUGACCUUCAUCAUCUGCAUAGUUCAAACAUGUACUUUUUAACCUGUUGUCUGUACUACUCUGAAAGAAAUCCUGUUGUGUACAGUUGUCAUCCAUUCAGUGUAUAUGCAACAAUAUUAUAAAACUGCACAGAUAAGAUAAUGGAUAGUAUAUCAUAAAGGUACAAAUUAACCUAAGUUUGAACUUGUGUAAUCACUAUAAAACCAGAUACCUUA